AGGAUUUGAGCUCAAUGUUCGUAGCCCAACACAGCUUUACCUCCUUUCCCUCCACCAUUUUGGCGGGAAACAAAACCGCUCAUAACGCCAAAUCCGAUAACCCAAUACCACAAAUCGUCCAUUUUUUAUUCCGCUUGUAUUUUCAUUUCUUCUCUUCUUCAAACAAAGUGCUGUUGAAGUCCCCAAACAAUGGCAGCAGAAGAAGAGCAAGAGCUAACUCCUGAACAAUUGGAUGAGGAAUUCUCUGUUUGGAAGAAGAACACGCCAUUUCUCUACGAUCUUGUCAUCUCUCACCCUCUCGAGUGGCCUUCUCUCACUGUCCAAUGGGUUCCCCUCCCCGACCCACUGUCUCACCCCACCGAUCCUUCUUCUUUCUCUGUACACAAGCUGGUCCUCGGAACACAUACAUCCGAUGAUUUCCCCAACUUCCUCAUGGUUGCUGACGCCGUCCUGCCUAUCCGCACUGCUGAAGCGAAGUUUGAUUCCCAAUCUGAAAGUUCUUUGAUUCCUCAGGUGCAAAUAACUCAGAAAAUACAUGUUGAUGGAGAGGUUAAUCGAGCACGAUGUAUGCCUCAGAACCCAGCUAUUAUUGCUGCAAAGACAAGUGGUUGUGAGGCUUAUGUGUUUGAUUCAUCCAAACAGGCUGAGAAGCAACAGCAGGAUAGUUGUGAUCCUGAUUUCAGGUUGAGGGGUCAUGAUAAAGAAGGAUAUGGGUUGUCUUGGAGUCCCUUUAAGCAGGGGUAUCUUAUCAGUGGUUCACAUGAUCAUAAAAUAUGCUUGUGGGAUUUGUCUGCCACUUCUCUAGAUAAAGUGCUUGAUCCUAUGCAUGUUUAUGAGUCUCAUGAGAGUGUUGUUGAAGACGUCUCGUGGCACUUGAAGAAUGAGAAUUUAUUUGGUUCUGUGGGUGAUGAUGGUCAAUUAAUGAUCUGGGACUUGCGCACAAAUCAAACACAACAUUCUGUUAAGGCUCAUGAAAAGGAGGUUAAUUAUCUUUCUUUCAAUGCUUAUAAUGAAUGGAUUCUUGCUACGGCAUCCUCGGACACUACUGUUGGUCUGUUUGAUAUGCGGAAGCUGACUGUGCCUUUGCAUGUUUUAAGCGGUCACACAGAAGAGGUAUUCCAGGUGGAAUGGGAUCCUAAUCAUGAAACAGUACUAGCAUCUACUGCUGAUGACAGAAGGCUAAAUGUUUGGGAUCUGAACAGGAUUGGAGAGGAGCAAUUAGAGUUAGAUGCUGAUGAUGGCCCUCCUGAACUUCUUUUCUCUCAUGGAGGUCACAAGGCAAAGAUCUCAGAUUUUUCAUGGAACAAAAAUGAGCCCUGGGUCAUUUCAAGUGUGGCUGAUGACAACACUCUGCAAGUCUGGCAAAUGGAUGAGGGUAUUUAUCGUGAUGAUGAUGAUGUGAUAGUUGCCGAUGAAAGAUAAACUUCAAGCUGAUGUUUCCUUUGUAGCUUCACUGUCUAACUAAACCCAUGAAACAUGAUGUUUGUGUCAAAAAUGAUCAGAAAUUGUAAUUUAAUGCACCGAGGAAUCUCUAUACAACUUUGAUCAUUUCGAAAAAAUUCAAAAGUUUAGAAUGUACUCUAAUCUCACCUUUUAUUUUGCCGAUUA